AUGAUGGACAAAAUUCUAUUACUUUUACCUUUUCUAGCAGCGUGUGUUCUGAAUUGUGAUACGACUGGACCAACUCACGGGAAAGUGGUAAUGUGCUACAUAGCUUCAUGGGCUACUUACCGCCCUGGAGCCGGAGAAUUUGACCUUAUAGAUCUGAAUCCUGAGUUGUGUACGCACAUCGUUUAUACCUUCACCGGACUUGAUGAAAAUACGCUGACAAUCAAAAGUAUCGACAGUGCUCUCGAAAAAGGUUAUAGCAACGCGGGCUACAAAAGCCUGGUAGCGCUGAAAGAAAAGUUUCCUCAUCUGAAAAUCUUUAUCGCCGUUGGCGGCUGGAAUGAAGGUACCGAAAAGUUCUCUAAGAUGGCUGCUAAUCCUGACUUAAGAGCCAGAUUUAUUGAGAGCGUAGUUGAGUUUUUAAAACUACACAAUUUCGAUGGACUAGAUUUGCAUUGGAAGUAUCCCGUGACAAGAGACGAUAAGCCCGAAGACCGACCUAAUUUUGUAUCUUUAAUAAAGGAACUAAAAGAAGCUUUUAUACCUUACUCAUACUUUCUAAUAUCUGCUAUCGGUUCCACAAAGUAUACUCUGGAUCAAGCCUACGACCUUCCGCAGUUAAACCGAUAUUUAGACCACAUGAUUGUGCUAUGCUAUGAUUAUCAUGGGUCUUGGGAAGGCAUCUUGGGUGUUAACGCUCCACUUUAUGGACUAAAUGAAGACGAUGUCCUCAAUGUUGACUAUACUCUCAGGUAUCUACUGUCUCAUGGCGUAACCCCCGGAAAAAUAGUUUUGGGUCUGCCAUUCUUCGGACAUGGCUACAUUCUCAGUGAUCCCGGAACACGUAAUGUUGAAUUUGGUGUCUCACCAAUUAGAAUGGAAUCAUUCCAAGGACCAUAUACCAAAGAAGAUGGGUUAUUGGGAUAUAAUGAGAUAUGUAAAGAAUUAACCGACAAAUCUUCAAAAUGGACACGUCAUUGGCACGAACAAUCUUCUACUCCCUACCUACGGGACGGCGAGCGCGUGAUCACGUACGACAAUACUAGAUCUAUUGCUCUUAAAGUCAAGAAAGCUGUUGAAUAUAAUCUUGGCGGGGUCAUGGCAUGGUCUGUUGAUACAGAUGACUUCAAAGGCUCUUGUGAGAAAGAGGUGGACUAUGUGUCAGUAUCGUAUUCAACUCUGCAUGAAUUUGCACAAAGGUAUAACCGUAUUGCCAACAAUCCUGUGUUAGAGGGUAUCCUCAAGAACCGUAAUCUCCCUAGUGCCGCUUACUUGGACCGACAAACAAAUAGACAAACAGGCGCAACAGAUGUUGUCACAAGAAGCAAGAACCGCAUUUGGCUUACGGAAUCCCAAUCCCCAAACUAUGCUUUACUGCACACAAUUGACGACAUAAUGCACCUUGCGAUGGAGGAAAAGGGUAUCACUGAUGAAAUGAUACGUUUAUUGACAGAAAAGUCAGAUAUAUCAGGACAAAGCAACAAAAAUAGCAGUAUUUAUACGAUGGUGUGUUACUUCUGUUUCAUAUAA